AUGGAUAAUGAAGAGAAGUCUUCUCACCAGGAAAAUAUAGAAAAAUAAUCAGUUGAUUAGUAGGACUCUAAUUUUCAUUAAUAAGAAGAUAGCAGCUCCAAUAGAGAAAGAAACUUUAGUGAAUUUAUAAAUAAUUAUAACGAUGGCGGAGGCGGAGGAGGAGGAGAUGAUAUAAAUAAGAAACAGCAUAAUGAUGUGAACAUGAAUAUUUCUUAAUUAAACAAUAAUGACUUAAUUAAAGACCUUGAACAUGAAAAUAAUCAUUCAGUUUUAAAUUCAUCCUAAAAGUCUGAUGUUUUAAGUCAGCCUGCAAUCAGUACAGGCAAGAAGCCUCCUUUGAAUUCUGGAAAAAAUGAGUAAAAGAAAGAAAUCAAUCAUGUAGAAUAAUCAUCAUAAAAGAAAAAACCAAUUUUAUUAUCCAAAGAUGAGCAAGAAAAACUAAAAAAUAGUUUAAAUAUAUUUGAUUAAAUGUUAUAAAAUAAGAAAAGUACCAAUUAAAUAGCAUCACGCAAAAAUAGCACUUCGUCCACAAAUUCUUAUAAAGGUGCAAAACAAACAAGCAUUAAUACUUCAAGAAGCAAUAAUUAGUCAGGAAUUAAAGCUGUUAUAAAUGAACCUGAAUUAGCUGAAGGUAUUUUGAAUGGUAAGAUUUCUCUUGGGAGCAAUUUAAAAUAAUAAAUUCAAAAUUUAAAUUCAAAUGGAAAGAAAAGUGGCCCACCAAGCAGUGCUGGAGAAAGUGGAAUCACAACUCCUACAAGAAAAAAUAAUUUAAACAACCAAAUUUCAAUUACAAAUUUCAAUAAUUUAUUCUAAUAAAAUAAAAAUAAUAAUAGUAAUACUAGCAAUAUUAGUAUAGCAAAUAGCGAAUCUUAAGAGUUUAACUUUACUAAAAAUGAUCCUGAGGAUGAAUUGGGUUUUCAUUUAGUUUCAAACUAAUAUAACUCUCUUCGCAAGAAAAUAGGCAAUCUGAAUUUUUCUGCAUCUAAAUAAAAUGAUGAGAUUAAAUGCAAUUAGCUUACUAUUGUUAUCAAUAAUAGUGCUGAAAAGCAAAACAAUAACAGUGUAAGACCAAACUCAGCUAGAACACAUCCUGCUGGACAGUAACAAUAACAACAAGGAUCAACAUAAUAAAAUAAUAUAUAACAAUCUUAAACGAACAUUUAGAAUUAUGCCAAGUAACUUAAAAUAGAUAGAAGCAAAGAAGAAUAAAAGCUUAGAGACUUAUAAAAUGAGCUUAGCAAAAUCAAUACAGCUUAAGAUUAGUAUAAAAGCGAGGUUAAUGAUAUUCAUUAUAAAUGCAAUGAAAGAAUCAACGAGUUUGAGAGAGAUUUUGAAAAGUUACAUUUAGCUUUUAUCAAUUAUAAAAGAGAAUGUGAUUAAACUAUGUUUGAUAAAGACCAGUUAAUUCAGCAACUAAGAUAAGAGCUUAGCUAAAAGAAUGAUAAACUGCUAUAAUAACAAUUUUAAUAUAGAUAGUCUUUUUAUUAUAAUUAGUACUAAAUGAAUUUGUAAGACAUGGCUGUUGGAGAUAAUACUAAUACUAAUAAUAAUAGUAUUAGCUAACUUGUUUCAGGUGUUAUAAUAAAUGCUAAUAAUCCAAAUAAUCCUAAUCUUAUUCAUAAUAAUUAAAUUAGCUCAAGUAAUGAUGGAGGAGAUAUUUCACCAAUUGCAAUUAUCCCUAAUGAUAAAUAACCUAAUAGUAUAUUUAAUAGCAAGGAACCAAUUAUUAUAAACAAAAGACUGAAUUUGGAUACUGAAGGAGGAGGUGAUGAGGAAGAUCAAGAAAUUAUGCAAGCUUUUGCAGAAUAGGGGCUUUUAAAGAAUUUAAACUGGUAAGGUAAAGGAUAAUUAGUUGGUGCUCAACAAAAAGCGUUAUAGAUAAGAUAAAAUUAUCUUAAAUAAAUCCUAGGAGAAUUGGAAUAUCAACAAAUUUGUGAAAUGGAAAAGAUAUUUGAUGAAAUUAUGAGAGAUAAUAAAUCAGUUUAAGAUUUGAGAAUGAAAUAUUCAAACAUCUUGGAAGAGUUAAUUAAAAAGUUGCACUAAUUUAAGGAUAAACAUGAGGUGCUCUAGCAGUAGUUGAAUGAAUUGUAAUAGAAUUGUGUUAAAUUAAGAGAAGAAAACCAGAAAAUAUCAAAUGAAUACAAGAAAUAGAUGCAAAAGUUAAACGAGUUGAAGGAGAGAUUAGAAAAGGUCAUUACUGAAAGAGAUCAAACCUGCCUCUUGCUAAAUAGAUAUGAAAAGAAAGAAAUCAUAACUAUUAAAGAGUUACAGAUGGAGUACCACAAAAAGGAAGAAGACUUGAUUUAAUGUUAAGAAGAAGUGGAUAGCCUCAAAAAUUAAAUUGAUUAAUUGCUUGGUAUAGUUGGUAUGUUUGAUUCUGAAAAAGAGCUAGCAAAACAAAUGCACAAUGAAAGUAUUCAAUAGUUUAGCAUCGUUUUGAACAAGUAUGAUGACUUUAUUAUAAGACUCUUCUAAGACUAUUGUCACUUUGAAGAUAAUAUAACAUAAAAUAUUUCUUCUCUUUUGAGUGAAAUUAUCAUUAAUGUCCACUCGAAGGAUAUUUUGGAUAGAUAUGAGUCAAUCAAACGUAGCAUAGCUUAAAUUUACAAUAAAGGAAGAAACAAUAUUCAAAAUGUAAAUAAUCCUUCCUCGUUACCUCCAUUGAAUACACAAAUGCCUAAUAGCUAUAAUAUCCCUGGCAAUAGAGAUAGCAUAAGAUCUUAUUCUCCACUUCUUAUUACUAAUUAGCUAUUAAACUAAAACAUUCCACCUUAAUAAAAUAUUAAUAUGUAGAGCUCUUUCUUACAGAAUACUAGUGGGUUAGUGAAUGGUCAGUUUAUUACGAACAAUGUAAAUAAAAGCAGUGAUUAUUAAUACUCUUGCAGUAGUUUAGACAAGAACCCAACACAUCCUCAAAUUGAAGAUGAAGAGGAAGAAGAUGUGAAUGAAGUGAAUAAUUUAGAAAUCAGCCAGAGAAGAUAGAGAAGAAGGGAUCUAGAGGAUGAAAUAUCUAAUUUGAAAGGAUAGUUGGCAGAAUUAGAAAAAAAGAAUAAUCAAUUGGUCACUGAAAGGAUGCACGAUUAUGAUUAAAUGAAGGAACACGAGUAAAGAGUGGAGCUAUUUAAAUCAAAACUUGAGUAAAAAAUUACAUAGCUCAAAGAAAAAGAGAAAUAAUUCAUUCAAAUGGUUAGACAGAUCACUCCAGAAAUUGACUUGAAAGAUAAAGACGAAAUUGAUUACUUCGAAAUUAAGAAUUAAAUUGUCAAAAAAAUACAGUAAGACUUAAUUAUGCAGUAAUAGCAAAGCUCUUUGAGCAGCAUUUUGUAAUAGAAUCAAGAUAAUUAAUCAGAAACAUUAAGUGGAGCGGGUGUUUAAAAGUAUUUGCAGGAGUUAAACAAUUCUAUUUAGUAAAUUAAACAAAUAUCUUAUAACACUAAUUAAAUUUUGAGCAAUACAACAGCAAGUGUAGUUAAUCCAGUAACUAUGACUAACUUUUUGAAUACUGAAAGAUCGUUUGCUUUGAAUUCACCGAAUAAAUGCAAUUGCUUUAAGGGAGACAAAAGUAUGAUUAACCACACUCAUAAUAACCUCAAUAAUAUUGUUCCUCAUACCAUAUUUAUUAAUCCAUCACCAGUUUUGCCUUCAUAAGCAAGACUCAUGAAUCAUAGCUAAAAACCAUCAAACUAAUCUUAAUAAAACUUUUAAUAUGACCAAAUGAGUAAUUACAAUAACUGCAUAGCUUCAAAUUAACAAUAAAAUUUAAAUGGAUUCUUACACCCUAAUUUUAACAUUCAUAAUAGUACUCAGCCGAAUAGUAAUAUUGGAAAUAGCAAUGCUAAUCAUAACAAUAAUAACAAUAAUUAGCUAAUGAACACAUCAUUUUUGACUAACUCUAAUUAAUAUAAUAGUGUCUAUCACUUGAAUAACAAUACGUUUGUCAAAGAGGAAGAAGAAAACUAAGCAGAAAAUGGUAAUUAGCAUAAUCUAAACAUAAAAUGCUUUGACGAUGAAUUUAGCAGUAAUAAUAAUUAAAUGACUUAAAAUAAUUACACAGAAAAUGAUGAAAAUUCUUCGAAUUGCAAGAAAUUUAGCUCUAAUUAAAAGGAAAUUGAAAGCGAUAUGGAUUAACCUUAAGCUGGGUCUAGUGGAGGUAAAAAUGGAAUUUCAAAUGAAGACCACGAGAUCGUUAUGAUGAUGCAAAACUGUCCUUAUCACUAAAAUCUUAUCAACAAUAACUAAUUCGAAAAUCAUGUUUGCAAAGAAAAUACUGAAUAAAUAUCUUAAUAUACUGAUUUGGUUGCUGCUUCAUAAUAGCAACAGAUCCAAAUAAACACUCUUAUGGUUUAGCUUCAAAAGAGCUUAAAACUAAUUUGUGAUUUAAAUGAUAGAAAUAUCAUAGAAAAGAAGAAGCUGUAAUAAAGUAUAUCAUCAGAUGUUUAGAAUAACACUGAUAACAAUAUCGAUGAUGAUGAAAGCACAUUCUAUAUUUAAGUUAGAGAAAAUAUUAUUGAAAUGAAGGUAGAAGAAGCUUUAAAAAAGAAAUAUGCUGAAUUCGAUUAAAUUAGAGAUAUAGUUUAGUGCUAGGAGAAUAUAAAGUUGGCUCAAAAUGAGCUUUCUGAAAAAUAAAAAUUGCUUGAUUCUCUUAGCGAUUAGCUUAAAAUUGAUUAGGAAUUAUUAAUGAAAGAAAGGUAAAAGCUUUAAGAAGAAACAGUUUAAUUUGAAGAAAAACAAAAUAAAUUGACAGAAGAAAUAUUGAAAUAGUAGUAAGAAUAUAAAGAGAAGUAUGAUAAGUACCUGUAAGAUUUCUAAGAGUAUUAGAAUUUGAUGAAAUAGUUAAGUAUUCAGAAGGUAGCUCAGGAGGAGCUGUAAAAUUAACUAAGUCUUAGAAGCAGCUUGAUCAAAGAGUAAUAAGAAUAGCUUGAGAAACAUUUAUUAAAUUUGACUGAGUAGCAGCAAUAACUAAAAGACAUCAUUGUCUAGUUUGAUAAGAAAAAAGAAGAUAAGAAUUAGUUAAUAGAGUAUUUCUAAGCUCAAUGUGAGAAAUAAGAAGAAGAGAUCAAAUAAAUCAAACAAAAAUAUGAAGAAAUUUAAAAACUGAGCUAAGAUAUUAAUUUAGAAAAAGAAAUUGUCAAAAGAGAACAUGCACAAUGCUAAAAUUCAUAGAACUAAAUAGAUAUUGUUAGGAGUGAUUACUAGAAUAAAAUUUCUGAGACUAAUAAUUCUAAUAAAAAGGAAUUAGAGGCUUUGAAUUUAGCUCUAUAGGAAAAGAAUGAGCGCAUAGCUGAAUAGAAAGAAAUGAUUAAAAGCUUAAAUUAAACUAUUAAAAGUCUUGAGAGUAAAAUAGAAAAUCUAUCAAUAAAAUCUGAUAAUUAUGAUGAAACUAAAUAAAAACUGGAAUAAAAGAAUGAGGAAUUAAUUUUACUGAAGCAGCAAGUAGCCUAAGAAUAAAAGGAAAAAUAAAUUUUCUUAAAUCAAUUAAAUGAUUUAAAGAGCAUAGAUGAGAAAAACCAAAAUAACUUUACAAAGAAAGAGGAGUAAUAUCAACAAAAAAUAAAUGAACUUUAGCUGUAAUUCUAAAAUGAGAUCAAGACAGAGUCUGCUCAAAUUAAUAAAUUGAGAGAUGAAUAUUAAACUAAGAUAGAUGAAAUGAAAGAAAAAUACUUUGAGUCCUCUUAAAAGAUGAAAGAAGCUGAACAAAUAAGCUAAUUCAAAGAAGAAUAAAUAAAAUAGCUGUAAAUUAGCUUGGAAAGCGAACAAAAUAACAGAAAAGAAGAAAAGCAAACUCUUUAAAAGUAUUUUGAAGAAUAGUUCGCUGCUAUUAUAUCUCACCUAAAAGAAGAUAAUGAAAAGCUUAAAUAGCUUCAUGAAAAUCACUCUGUUGUAUAGCUCAAUGAAAAAGAAUAAGAUUUCAUUUAAUUAAAGACGAAUUAUGCUUUGAUCGAACAACAAGCUGACAUUCUUAAGAGCCUAAUGCAAAAUGAAAUUGCCUAGAAAAAAAAUUAAAGCUAGUUAAAUUUAAGUAAUUUAACAGUUUUACAACUUUUUGAAACAUUUAUCUAGCUUAAUGCAUCUGAAAAACAGAACUUAGAAGAAGAAAUUUAGAAAUUAAAAAUUUCUCAUACUGAAAAAGAUAGCAAAUACCUACUUUUAACAGAAGAUUUUGCUAAAUACAAAGAUUAAAUAGCUACUGAGAUCAGCAAUUUGAAAGAAAAAUCUCAUAAAAAUGAUUAUUAGACUGAAUUAAUCAACCAAUUAGAAUAGAAAAAUGCAAAAGUUAAACAGAAAUGCUCUUAAUUAUAAGAAAAACUGCAAGAAACGGAAAAUCAGUUAAAAAGCUAAAUAUUUGAAUUAGAAAAAUAACACUAAACCUAAAUCGAGAGCUUAAACAGUAAAAUUUUAUAAAUUGAACAGGAAAAAACAGAUGCAAUAAAAUAAAUUGAAUAAAGCAAGAAUUAAGAGAUUGCUUCAAAUUUGCUAAUGACUAAUUAAAAAAUAUCUAAUCUUGAAGAAUAAUUCAAAUAAAAAUUAGCAGAUUUUGAAAAUAUCUAAAAUUCUUAAAAAAAGCAGAAGAAAAAAAUUUAAAAAGAAGAGAGCUAUUUAAAUUAAGAAAGUGGAAAUGAUUUAGAAGAUUAAGAAAGACAGAUAAAGUAAUUAGAAGAUGCAUAUUAGAAGCUUAUGGAGUAACACGAAAGAAAUCAAACAGAGCAGCAAUAAGAAAUGAAAAGAUAAUAUGAUAAUAUUGAAGAACAAAUUAGAGAAAAUUUGCAGAAAUAGAUGUAAUUAAUGUAAGAAAAAUAUGAGAGAAGCAUGGUUAUUUAUGAAAAUUAGAUUAAAGAAGAAUAAUCAAAGUACAGAGAAUUACGCUAAUCACACGAGAUUGCUAUAAAGAACUUAAAUGAUUUGCAUUUCAGUUAGCAAAAAACUGUUCUUGACUAGAGUAAUGAAAAAGUUGACUUGUUGAAGUAGUAAUUAAGUAAAUAUGAAGAGUUGUUUUAGAAGUCUGUUGAGGAGUAAAAAUAAUAAUUUGAAAGAAUUUCUUAAUCCGAAAUUUAGAAAGGAAUAAUUAAUGUAGAAAGCGAGUAUAAAUUAUAGAUUCAAUCACUAUAAGACAAGCUGAGCCAUGCUAUGGAGAAAAUGCAAGAUUGUGAGUAGCUUCUUAAAAAGAAAGAAGAGCAGGAAAAAAAUUUAAUUGAAGAAUAUGAUAAAAAAAUAGUUUAAGUUUUAUAAAAUGAUAUUGCCUGUUUGUAGGAAAGCUUGAUAAACUAAUCAAAACAAAAUAUGAAGGAGCUAUCAUAAAUAUAAAAUGCUUAGAAAGAAAUAGGUGAAAUAUAAGAAACAAUCAAGUAAUAGAAAAUAUAGGAAAAUAAUUUAAAAGAUUUGAUUUAACAACAUUUUUCGAAUAUCCAAACUUCCCUUUAGGCUGUAAAAGAUGAAAGUAUCAAAAAUUAAAGUCAUUAACUAUAAGAGAAGUGCAAUGAAAUUCACUAGAAAAUAUUGAGUCUUUUAGAAAGUAAACAUCUUUUAGAAAAUAAACAUGCUGUUGCCUCUGAAGAAGCAGAAGAAAAUUAAAAGCUAGCUAAAGAAUCUAAAGAAAUGAUAAUAUCUUUGAAUUAAAAGAUAUCUGAGAAGGAAGCUCAAAUAAGUUAGCUUAAUUUCAAAUGCGAGUCUUUGAAUUGCUAAAUUGAGCAAAUAAAAGAACUCAAAAAAUUAGUUGAAAGUCAAAAAGAUGAUGUCAUAGCUGACUUAAAAAAUCGCUUGUAAGAAUAACUCACAGAUUUAACAUCUCAAAAUAAAAAUGACAAAGCCCUUAAAAAUGAAGAAGAAAAAAAUAUUGCCCUUCAGUAAAAUAUUGAAGACCUUAAAAGCUAAGUUGAUAAUUAUAAAAUUAAAGUUUCUGAGCUUGAAACAUAAAUAAAAUACGAAUUAUAAAUGCUCAAUGAGAAGAAGCAAGAUCUAGAAAAUGCAAACAAACGUUUUAGAGAGGAAAACAAACAGUUAAAGGAGUAAAUUGAAAAAUUAAAUUCAAAUUAUCAAGAGAAUAAAGUUGCAAAUGAUAGUGUUACUAAACUACAAACGGAGUUAAAUUAAAAGAUUAAUGAAAUAGAUCAUUUAAAAGAAUAAAUUAUAAAUUAAGAUAAGCAAUUUAAGACAGAAAAAAUGGAAUUAGAAAAUAGAUUUAAUUAAAUGAAAGAAACUUUAACAAAAAACGAAUAGAAAAUGAAAUAGUUAGAAGAGAAAUCAGAAAUAGAAUUACAAAAAUUAUAAGCAAAAAAAUAAAAAAUUAGCACAAUUAUAGAAGAAGCAAAAGCGAAAUCAGAUGAAAUCAUUCUUUUAAAAAAUGAAUAAAUAAAAAUUUAAGCUUAGUAUGAUAAUAUCUCUAACUAAUUAGAAAAAUCUAUUAAUGAAAAAAAUGAGUUAUCACAAAAAAUUUAGAAUAUGAGCUAGCAAAGAGACAGUUUGGAAGAAUAGAGAAAUUAAAUAAAAGAAUAAUUUAAUACUUUAAAAGAGACUUUAAAGCACACUGAGAGCAAAUUGGAAUUAGUACAAAAAGAGUUAGAGUAGGCAAAACAAGAAAAAACUUCAAUUUAAGCUCAGUCAAGUGAAAAAAUUAAAUCACUUAAUGACUCUAUGGUUAAUGAAUUCUCUUCUUAGAAUUAAAUAAUUGAAUAGCUUAAAGAUUAAAUAAGUAGAUUAAGUUAAAUUCAGCAAAAGCAGUAGGAAAAGAUUUAGGAAGUGGAAAAUAUUUCUGAAAUUAAAAAGAAAUCUGAUUAGAUAGAAAGCAACAACAACUCUCUUUAACAAUAGAUAUUCCGUAUGCAAGAAGAAAAGGAGCAAAUAACUUUACAGACUAGCGAUUUAAAUUUAAAAUUGGAAGAAUAAAGAAAGCUUUAUUUGAAUUUGGUUGAAGAAAACGGUAAAAAUAAAGAAACAAUAAGAUCUCUUGAGGAGAAAUUAAGUUCUGAAUAGCUAAGACUCCAAAAAGAAGUAGACUAGCAUGAAUAAUUAAAGUCACGCUAUGAAUAAAUUCAAUUAAAUUUAGAAAAUGCUAAAAUAUAGAAUAAGGAAUUAGAAAUUUUGAAUUAAAGUAAAGAAAAUAGGACUAAAGAGCUGCAGGAGUAAUACGAAAAUUCAAUGAGAAAGUACGAAAAGUAAAAACAAAACAAUUAAGAAUUGAAAUUAAAAACUGUAGAAUAAGAAAAAUACUUAAACUAAGCUUAAAUAUAGAUUAAAGAUUUUGAAGAAUAAUUGAGAUAAAUGCAAUUAAAUAAAAGGAGUGAAGAGGAUAAAAUUUUAAUCUUAAAUAAGCAAAUAGAAGAAUUAAAAGAAGAAAUAAAAUAAUUAAUUCUAAAAAAUGAGGUCCUCAAUCAAAAAAUUACAUCUGUUUCAAAUUUAGAGAAUUCAGAUCACUCUUAAAAAAUAGGAGAGCUAUAGUAAAUAUUAAAAAAUGAUUACAUUUCAAAACAGGAAUAUGAGGUCAUAUGUAAGAAAUUGGAGUAAAAAAAUAAGGAUUGUUUAGACUUAGAAUAAAGAUUCGAGAGAGAAUCAUAGAAUUAUGAGUAAAAUCUUAAAAAAAUUGAAGAAAAAUUUUAAAAGUAGUAAUAACUGACUGAAUAAAAGUAUUCUGAAAUGCAGGAUAAUAAUGAAAUUUAGCACAAAAAGUCACUAGAGUAGCUUAAAGAAAAGCAUGAAAAGCUCAUGUAAUAAUAGCAGGUAUCAUUUGAAGAAGAGAAAGAAGGUCUUUAAAAGAAAUUUAAUCUUCUUAAAGAAAAGCUAACUAACUCUGAAGACCAAAUUUCUUAAGUAGAGUAAGAAAAACAAAAAAUAAUAUCUUAAAACAAAAGCAAGAUUUAAGAGUAUAACGAAUAAUAACUUGCCUAAGAGUAAAUUAUCAAAAAUUUGCAAGAAAGCAUCAAAUAAAACUUGUAAAAAAUGACCGAAUAAGAAGAAUUAAUUAAAAAGCAAUAAAAGCAAGUUAAAAAUUCUGAGGAAAUUAUUGAUUAAUAAAAACAAUAGAUUGAUGAAUUGUAAAAAUCUCUUAAACAAACCUAAGCUGAAAACGAAAAAUAAAUGUAAGAACAGAUUAACAAUCUCAAUUAAAAGAUAAGUAUCAAAGAAUCUGAAUGUACAAAUUUACAGUAGUAACUUAUUUAAAUUGAAUAAAAAAUGAAAGAAGAGAAUUAAAGUCUUGUUGCUGAUUACGAAAAGUAAAUUAAAACUUUAAAAGAUGAAUUAGAUUUAAUAACUAGAGAAGUAACAGCUUAAAAGGAAUAAGAAAAAUCUUAGCAAGAGCAAAUCAACAAAUUAGAAAGCUAGUUAAAUGAAUUAACGAAAGAAAAUUAAGAAAAAAUUGCAUAAAUUGAAUAAAUUAAAGAUGAAGACUUAAAAAUAAUUCAAACUCUCAAAAAUGAAAUAUAAGAAUUGGAAUCAAGUAUAUCAAACAAUAAACAAUAAAUUGAAACAUCUACUAAUUAAUAUCAAUCAGAACUGACAAAGCUAAAAGAAGAUAGUGAGUAAAAAUUAGAACUAAAAUCAGCUGAAAUUUAAAAGCUUCAAGAGAAUAUUGCAAUUUUAACUAAACAAAUAGAGGAAGAGCAAAAAUAGAAGACUGAAUUAAUUAAUUAGCAUUAAAGCGAAAUACAAAACAAAGAAAAAGAGUUAGCAAAUUUCCAAAAUAGCAAUUCUAUUUAAAUAAAAAAUUUAGAAGAAUAGCUAAUACAAAGUUAGAAAGAAUUAGAUGAAAAAAAAUAAAUUCUAUCUUAGCUUGAAGAAAGAUAAAAGGAAAGUGAGUUAAGUAUUAAGUAGCUCUAAGAAAAGCUGAGUCAAAAAUAAGAAGAAGUAGUACAUUUAUAAACAACUUAAAAUGCUACUAAAGAAGAAAAGAUUUCUAUUCUACUUUCUCAAAUUCAAGAAUUAGAAAAAUAAUUAUCAGAUUCUAAAUCAGAAAUGAAAAAUAAAAACUAACUAAGCGAAGCCAGCUUGAACGAAGCUAAGGAAAAAAUAACUAUUCUAGAAUAAAAAUAUUCCAAUUUAUAAAAAAACUAUUCUUUGCUUGAAAGUGAGCUAAAAUAAGCUUUGGAAAAGAGCAAAAAAGAAAAAGAUGAGCUUAUUUAAACCCACUAAUAAGAAUUAUCUUAAGUAUAAAAGGAAUUUAUUACAUUAAAUUCAUAAAUUGAAAAGAAUAAAAUUGAUAUGAUAGAGAAAGAUUCAUAAAUUAAAAGAAUAAGCAUUGAGCAUGAUGAGACUUAAAAGUAGUUGGAGUCUCUCAAAUAAAAAUACUAACAAUCUCUUGAGCAGCUACAACUAAAAGAAUCAGAAAUAACUUAAUUAAAGAAAUAAAUGCAAUUAGACAAAUACGAAGCACUAUCACAAAUUGAGCAGCUUAAAAGAGAACAAAAUAAUUAAAUUGAUUAAAUUAAUAAGGAGUAUCAAGAAAAAAUUCAAAAGCUUUAAUCUGAAUUGUAGAAAGGCAACGAUGAAGCUUAAAAACUAAGACAAUAAAUCGAAAGUCUGUAAGCUAUCUCAUAAGGAUCAAGCAACGAAAUGUAGAAUCUCAUUUAAAAAAUGAAAGAGUAACAAGAAGAGAAUGUAAAAAGUAAUCAAUCAAUUGCUGAAUUGCAAUCUCAAUUAGUAAAGAGUAAUCUUCAAGCAAACGAAUUAAAUUAAAAAAUAUCUAAAUUAGAGUCCAAACUACAAUCAACAGAGAACUUUAUUGAUGCCUUAAAGAAACAAGAAAACUAAUCCUCAAAAAGUAACUUUGGAAGAAUAAAAAAAAUAGGAGUUCUCACAAUAGAUAUUCUUGAUGGUUUUUUAAUUAUGUAUCAGAAUCUCGUUAGGACUCACUCUAAUGCUGAUAUUUCUUCCAAGCAUAACACGUUUAAUUUCAAUUCAAUAAUUACUACUUUUAAGGGAAUCAAAAGUUAAAUUUAUUCUAAGGGAGAGAGUAGUGCAAAGCAAUUACUCGAGCAAAUAAAUCUCUUUAAAAAAUCAAAAACAUUUGAAAUUAUCUCUUGUGAUGCAAUUAUAGAAAGCUUUUCUAGUGAUUUCUUAUAAAUUUAGUAAGUCUAUUAGCAACUUGAAAAGUUCCAUGAUAGCCUCAAGUUAUUCUUAAAUAUUAGUUGA